GAUAACGUUAUGGCAUUUGUUCUCUAACUACUUUUAUGUAAUUAAUUGCCAGUGAAAGGUUGUUUCUUGCUUGUAUUGUAAUUCAGAAAUGGCUACGAUGGAACUAGAAAGCCCAAUAGUGUCGAAUAUUUCUAAAAACCUCACCGAUAAGGUUACAUUGUUCCAGACGUAUCCGUCGUCUUUGUUACACUUCGCUACAACUUGUUGCAUCACUUAUACUGUAUUCGGAGUGACUGGUAACUUACUCACUAUACUCGCUCUACUGAAAUCACCUCGACUUAGAAAUGCCACGUCAGUUUUCAUCAUAAAUCUAUGCAUUGUGGAUGGAUUUUACUGUUCUUUCACCUUCCCUCUUGCAGCUUCGACUUUUAUACACAAGUCAUGGCCGUACAGUGAUACACUAUGCAAGAUUUAUCCCAUGUUUCGUUACUCUAACGUUGGCCUUUCUCUCUUUACAGUCAUCGCCAUUACUAUAAACAGAUACGUUAUUAUUGUACACCCGAAGCGAUACGAUAAGAUAUACACAAAAUACAACAUCGCUAUCAUCAUCCUCAGCAUCUGGGUAGGUUCUUUUUUACUUUUAACACCCACAGCCUUUGGCGCUUGGGGUAGUUUUGGUUUCAGUUAUAAAGUAAGUACGUGCACCAUUCUAGAAAGGGGUGGAAAGUCUCCGAAAAACUUCUUGUACGCUAUGGCAUUCACACUACCCAGCGCCGUGUUUAUAUACUGUUACACUAGAAUAUAUUUAACUGUUAGAAGAUCUGAAAGGAACUUAAGAAGAAAAUACGGUUUGGAGCAGGAAAAAAGCAAAAGUUAUUGGUCAAAGUUAUGCUGUUUCGGAGAAAAGGAAGAAGAAAUUCAAAUGACAAGCGAAGAGAAAAGGCAAAAGAAGAAAAUUACAAAGGAUCUUAAGUUAUUGAGAAUUAUUUUAACUAUUUUUAUCGUUUUUAUCAUUUGUUAUUUUCCGGUUGUUUUUGUGAAAAUAUUCAAGAAAGAGAAGAGUUUACCCGUUUUAAAUAUAUUCGGUUAUCUUUGCAUUUACUUCACCGCCAUCAUCAAUCCUGUCAUUUAUGUUGUAAUGAGUAAAGAAUACAGGAAAGCUUACAAGGUCUUAUUCAAUUGUCUGAAUAGGAAGAGUGUUAACACUGAAACUAAUAGUUCUGAGUUAACUUCAGGUAUUUCAAAGUAGAUAUCAAUUGAAGGACUGUUUAGAAUAAAGGAAAACAAUUUAUCUAAGGUAAAGCUUGUUUUCCAAUAUAAUUUGUAAUCAGAUUGUUAAUUUUGUAAUGUUUAAUCUUACAGAAAUGAGAAUUUUGCAUGUUUUUUUUCCCUAUGAAAAUUGAAGUAAUAAUAAAAUA